GACGCCAAAAGAAUUAUUGCUCUCUCUAAUCUCUAUAUAUAUAGUUAAAAAAAAUUUCCAAACGAAUUAAAACUUCAUCAAUCUCUCUUUUCCGAUCCCGAAGAUGAGACGUUCAUGGCCGACACGCCUCAUAUUCCUGAUGGCUCUCACGGUCGUCAUCACCAUGAUUGCAGUAGCCUAUGGUUAUUCCUCUGUCUCAUCAUCAAAUCAUAAGUUCCCUCAUUACAAAUACAAAGCUCCAAGUCCUCCCACAACCUAUUCUCCUUACCGUUAUUUCUCGCCGCCUCCCGUUACAGAUUCAGAUUCUGCAGCUUAUGGUCGAUGAUCGCAAGUGCAAGCAUGAGACAACAACUACUUGGCGAUAUCAAAUGUCCUUAUUUGCUGGUAAUGUAAGAUUUGGAACUGUCCGAUUGUGAAAUAACUGAAAGAGCAACAAGUCCAUUUCCUCUGUGUUUCUUCAAAGACAAUUUAAUCAGAAAACAAGCGUAACCAAAAGUUUCAUGUAAUGCAAUAAUGCAUAAUGAUUAACCAAUUAGAUUUUGUCACCAAAAAGAUAGACCCUGAAGUGAGUAAUACUUUAUUUAUCUAUU